GCAGCCGCGUCCGACUGCACCGCCCGUCUCCCACGUGCCGCAGCGAUGGCGAACAAGGGCCCGGCGUACGGCAUGAGCAGGGACGUGCAGUCCAAGAUCGAGAAGAAGUACGACGACGAGCUGGAGGAGCGGCUGGUGGAGUGGAUCGUGGCGCAGUGCGGGGCCGCCGUGGGGCGCCCCGAGCGGGGCCGCCUGGGCUUCCAGGUCUGGCUGAAGAACGGUAUCGUCCUCAGCAGGCUGGUGAACAGCCUCUACCCCGACGGCUCCAAGCCCGUGAAGAUCCCCGACACCCCCCCUACCAUGGUCUUCAAGCAGAUGGAGCAGAUCGCCCAGUUCCUCAAGGCAGCCGAGGAGUACGGCGUGGUCAAGACCGACGUGUUCCAGACCGUCGACCUCUUUGAAGCCAAGGACAUGGCAGCGGUGCAGAGGACGCUGAUGGCGCUGGGGAGCCUGGCGAUCACCAAGAACGACGGGCACUACCAUGGGGACCCCAACUGGUUCAUGAAGAAAGCGCAGGAGCACAAGCGGGAGUUCACCGAGAGCCAGCUGAAGGAGGGCAAGAACGUCAUCGGCCUACAGAUGGGGAGCAACAAGGGGGCAUCACAGGCGGGGAUGAGCUACGGCCGGCCCCGGCAGAUCAUCAGCUAAAAUGUCCCGUCCCCCCCGCCCGCUGCCCCCGGCCCAGCGCCGGGGCCACCACCGCCCCUCACACUGGUAUUUAUUGGCACGAACGCGCCCGCCAUCGCCAGCGCCGCUCCGCAGCCAUGGGCUGAGCCCGGAGCCACCCGCAGCCCCGCCGCAGCCACCGCCGCAGAGACGCUCGCAUCGGGGAGGGAGCAGAAUUGGCCUCGGUUUUGUACUUGGGGUUCGGUCAACAUUAAAAGGUUCUUCAUUA